GUCAGUGUCACGUGUGUGUUGCUCUUGAGAAGGUUGACCCGUACGUGGCUCUGGUUCUUGUAUUAUUUCACACGGUCCAAGAACCACAUUAAGAACCAAACGGUAAAUAUGACCAUAGGAAGACUAAUUAAGAAGUUACCAGCUGCCACAAAACUAAGCCAACUAUCGUAGAACUACCUGUCUACAAACGAAUCAGCUGUUUACCUCAGAACUAACCAUCUGAGAGAAAGACUCAUCAGAAUUUAAAGUAUUUGUAUUCGUGUGUUAAAUUGAACAAUCGUGUCGUGAACUAUUGAUAUUCUGACAGACAGACAAUUAACGAAGGGGGAAAAAACCCCUCUGAAAUAACGGAGGAACUUGUCGAUUAACAAAAUUCAUUUAUUUACGAAUCAAGUAGUGAAGAAGGAAGAGGGAAACAGCCUCGUUACUCGUACCCCUGGCAGUCACAACAUACACUACUUAACAGGUCGACUACAGCCUUCACAGCGCCACCACACCCUUCACAGCGCCACCACAAGCCCAAACAGUGCCACCAGAAGCCCCCACAGCGCCAUCACGAGCCUUCAGAACGCCACUUCGAGCCCUCACAGCGCCACAACGAGCCCUCACAGCGCCUUGAUUCUCCUCAAAGGGGCGACUAAGUCCUAUCCAGCGUCUUAGGUGAGGGGGAAGGAGGCGGCGAGGCAGUGAUGUGGGGGACGGUACAUGUACUGCUGUUGCUGCCGUGCCUACUGUGUGCCCACGCCAAUACGGACGGUAGCGGUGGGGUCCUCAGCUUCAAGGACUUGCUGCCAGAAAACCCGAAGGACUAUGAUAAGAUGCGGCCGCCUAAGAAGGAGGGAAGACCUACCAAUGUGUACUUCCACGUGACUGUCAUGGGCAUCGACUCCAUCAACGAAAACUCCAUGACAUACGUGGCAGACAUCUUCUUCGCUCAGUCGUGGAAAGACCAUCGACUGAGGCUGCCUGAGAACAUGACCUCCAGCUACAGGUUGUUGGAGGUAGAGUGGCUGAAGGAUAUGUGGCGUCCUGACAGCUUCUUCAAGAACGCUAAACAGGUCACCUUCCAGACCAUGACCAUCCCUAACCACUACGUCUGGCUGCACAAGGACUCAACCAUCCUCUACAUGGUCAAGCUGACGUUGACGCUGUCGUGUGCAAUGAACUACGCCAUCUACCCACACGACACCCAGGAGUGCAGGAUGCAGAUGGAGAGUCUAUCACACACCACGGAGGACCUAGUAUUUGACUGGGACCCUGAGAUGCCCCUUGAGGUGGACGACCAUAUAGAGCUGCCCCAGUUUGACCUGGUCAGGAACCACACGGCCGACUGUACACAGGUCUACUUCACAGGUAACUUCACGUGUCUGGAGGUGGUGUUCCAGCUACGUCGGCGCCUCGGCUACUAUCUCUUCCAUACCUACAUGCCUACCUGUCUCAUAGUGAUUAUGUCGUGGGUGUCCUUCUGGAUCAAGCCUGAGGCGGCGCCAGCGAGGGUCACACUGGGCGUGACCUCACUCCUGACACUGUCCACCCAGCACGCUAAGUCUCAGGCCUCACUCCCUCCAGUCUCUUACAUCAAGAUCAUCGAUAUGUUUAUGUCUACCUGUACUGUGUUUGUGUUCCUGGCCUUGAUGGAAUACGCGCUGGUGAAUGUGGUGUUGGGUGACGGGCCAGACACACCGACCAAGAGCAAACCCUCAGAGAAGGAGAGCAGGAGCGGCUUCCAUCACCACCACCACCACAUCUGCGCUGACAAGGAGAACGGUCGUGUUGGUCUGUCGUACCCCCGCACCCACGAUCACCCGGGGGAUCUCUCAACCCACGCCUACUCCCACCACAGCUCCCACGUCCACGGCAGUCAUCCCCACGGCAACAUUACCCUGGCCCACGGUACGCCCAUACGAAGCCCACUUACCCACGGUGGACCCCUACAUGGCAGCCUGACCCACAGCGCGCCCGUCCACCGCCAACAUCACUUCCACGAGAACGCCGCCCACCACUUCCACACUCCGAUGCAAGGCCCCUUUUCCCAUGGAGUGCCCCCGGCUGGCCCACUGUCACAUGGACCACCACUCCACGGGGCACUGGCCCACGGUGCCCCCUUACAUGGCAUGAGACCCCACAGUCACAGCAACCAGACCUACGCCGACCUGUUGUGUCCGCCCCUGCCCAGCGUGCCCCCGCCUCCGCCGCCCCCCGCCAGGAUGCCAGGACCCACCGCUGCCCAGAAGAGACGAGCGAGGGCCAUCCUGGUCGACCGCUUCUCAAGGGUGUUCUUUCCCUCCACCUUUGGCCUCAUCAACGGGGUGUACUGGAUCAUCUUUUGGCUCUACUUAUAAGCCAACACGUCCACUGGAUCACUAUCUGGAUCAAUCUGUGAGCCAGGGAUCAUUGCCUGGUAUUGGUUAUGACACAACAGGUCAGAAGGAUCGUUUUCUGGAUCAGUCUGUCAGCCAAGGAGCAUUUCCUGGCUUUGGAUAUAAGACAGCAGUCGACUGGAUCACUUUCUGGAUCAGUCUGUACGUCCAGGGAUCACUCUCUGUACCUAAGCAUUAACCACAAGUUAAUAUCCCAGAACCCCUCGAGUGGAUCACUUAACGAAUCUGUGUGUGCCAAGGAUCACUUUUUGGCAAUACAGUAAUUGUAAGUUAAAGGAUCGAAGACAUCAUUUCGCGGAUCAACCUUGAAGAGAGGGAUCAAUUUUUGGCUAUGGUUAUAAGCUAGGGAAAUGCUGGAUCAUUUGUGGAUCAGUGUAGACCUCUGAGACCACUGUCUUGGUCUAGUUAGAAAUCAGAGAUGAUAAUGUGAUUAGCUUAAUCUUUAAGUCAAGGAUCAGACAGACCAAUGUGCUGACUGUUUACAACCCAUGGAUCGAGCUGGAUCACUAGCUGGCUUCUGCCUAUAAACUACGGGUCGUCUACAUCAUCCAGAAGCCAGGGAUCAAAUGGAUCUUUUUAUGGCUCCGUGCGUGAGUCAUGGAGGACACGCACUAUUUAAGUGUUCGUGUUAGUAAUGACCCCUAUACACCUAGAUCACUUACCUGCUCCGUGGAUCGAGUGGAUCAUUUUUGGCUUAAUUUACAAGUCAGGAAUCCACGGCAUCACCAGCUGGCUUUAUCCAGAGAUCCAUUAUAAAACUGUCUGGCUCCAGGUUAUGUUCGAAGCCGGAUUGUUUUGGAUCACUUCUCAUAUGGCUUUGUGAUGUGUAUUGCUGAGGAGUGCACCAACACUCUUGUACACACGGGGCGGCUCUCGCUACACACGGGGCGGCUCUCGCUACACACGGGGCGGCUCUCGCUACACACGGGGCGGCUCUCGCUACACACGGGGCGGCUCUCGCUACACACGGGGGCGGUUCUCGCUACACACGCUAUUUAGCCGUGAAGUUUACUCAAAAUACACAACGAACCAACCUAACCCAACCAAACCCAUGCAGUAUAUUGGAUCACAUUUUAGGCUGUGUGUGUGUGUGUGUGUGUUUACAAUUUUCUGAUGCAACCUACUGUAUAUAUACAAAAAUAGGUUAUAACAAGUGUUAAGGUGAUAUACCCAACACCUCUAACCCACAGUGCCAUACCAUCCUCUUCCCCCUCCCUCCCUCACCCCUCCCUCCCCAUCCCUCACCCCUCUUGUUAAUUAAUACAUAUAAUAUCUCACUUUAUGAACAAGAUGUGAGUUAAUUCAUGUAUAACGUAUGUGUAUUGUGUAUAUAUGUAUAUUUGUUGAAUUCAAUCAAUAACAGAUUAUCGAUAUAUUUAUUUUUUCACGGUUUUUGUUGUCAUUUAGUUGGUAAGUUAUUCACAAAGUAGGAGAAUAAAAUGUCGUAGUGAUACAUGUACACAUAUUAUUAUUAUUAUUAUUAUUAAUGUAUGUUAAUAUUAUGUUCGUUCAGAUUAAAUCGUUAGGGAAAUGAUGCUACAAAUUACUUCAAUCUUUACUGUAUAUUGUGGAACCUUAAGAGAGUAUAAUUGAGCCUGUUUGAGGUAUACUUAACUCAUUAGUAGUAUAAUUGAGCCUGUUGGAAGGUCAGCACUGUGUUGUGUUGCAAGAUCGGGAGUGUUUUGUGUUGCAAGGUCAGGAAUGUGUUGUGUUGCAAGAUCGGGAGUGUUUCGUGUUGCAAGGUCAGGAGUGUGUUUUAUUGCAAGGUCAGGAGUAUGUUAUGUUGCAAGGUCAGGACUGCUUUGUGUUGCAAGGUCAGGAUCGUGUUGUGGUUGUAAGGUCAGGAUUGUUGUCUUGUAGGAUCAGGACUGUGUUGUGUUGCUAGGUCAGGAGUGUGUUGUGUUGCAAGGUCAGGACUGCUUUGUGUUGCAAGGUCAGGAUUGUUGUCUUGUAGGGUCAGGACUGUGUUGUCUUGUAGGGUCAGGAUUGUGUUGUGUUGCAAGAUCAGGAGUGUGUUGUGUUGCAAGGUCAGGACUGCUUUGUGUUGCAAGGUCAGGAUUGUUGUCUUGUAGGGUCAGGACUGUGUUGUCUUGUAGGGUCAGGAUUGUGUUGUGUUGCAAGAUCAGGAGUGUGUUGUGUUACAUGUCGGGAGUGUGUUGUGGUGUGUUGUGUUGUGGUGUGUUGUGUUGUGAUGUGCUGUGUUGUUUUGUAAGGUCACAAUACCACAAGAUUUAGCCAGUAUGAAAUAAACGAUUAUUUGUUGACGUGAAUUUUUGAAACACUUGUGUUCAGGACGACGUGAUUGGUGUUAGUUGACGCAGUGUUAACACAUGUGACAGGUGUUAACAUGUGUGACAGGUGUUAACAUAUUUGACAGGUGUUAACAUGUGUGACAGGUGUUAACACGUGUGACAGGUGUGAACAUGUGUGACAGGUGUUAACAUGUGUGAAAAGGUGUUAA